CUUUGAACAGGCCUUCAGUCUCAGCCGUGGCCGUGGUACCUGCCAUGGAGCAGAUCUGCGAGUCGAUUUAUGAGCCAACGAGUCUUUGAGAUCCUCCAUACCAGCUCUGCAAUUUUCGAUGACCAAGGAGGAUUUGAGUCCUUUGACUCCGAGCCCCACGGCCAAAGUGCAGGGGAUCAGCCUUCUCGAGUAUCUCUGGCGGUGUUGUUGCUAGCUGGUCUCUAUUUCGACUCCAGUGUGGCAUUGUGGCAGAAUGUGUACAAAGAUGCACAGGUUCGAUUUGAUGGACCAAACUGUGAAGCAGUCCAUGACUGGGUUCUCACUAAUAGACGUGGCUUUCCUUGGGAAGGGGCCAACGCUCCACAUGCGCUACAUGGUGCAGACGGUUGCCCUCCACCGUUGGCCAAGCAGUUGAAGGAGCCCAAAGAGGCCAUAAUGUUCAGACGCCUCGAGCCUAGCAAGGAGGCAGAUGCCGUGGAGAAAGAGGACAGCCAGUGCUCCUGGAAAGCAGUUGUGCACGUGCCGACGGGUCGUCUUAAGUGCAAACCACAGAGCUUUACCAAAGGCUGCGCAUUAUCUUUGCAAGCGACAUGCGGGCUCAUCUUGUACUACAGUUACAACUAUUGGGUUGGUGGUUUUGAGCUCAUCAAAGAAUGCUUUCAAAUUCGCCGGCUGCUGAAGUUCAGUGUGGUAGGUGCCAUGUUUGGAUGUGGUGCCGUGUUCAGCUUCCUCGCGCAGGAUGCGCUCUCCCCUGGCAGCUAUGCGCUCUAUGCACAGUCAGGUGUGGUCAUCGUUCCGAUCAUGUGGAGAAUCCUGUUCCGGCAGCCGCUGCCAGUUCUAACAUGGGUUCAUAUUUGCAUAAUAACACUUGGCAUUCUUGCCUACCGUAUCUCCGAGAUAGACUUGGAUCACAUGUUUGAUGGAAUUGGGCUGAUGUGGGUUGCGCUCAAAGUCCUCAUGGCUGGCUUGGGCUCUGUGGUGGCAGAGCUGCUGUUAAAGCAAGACACGUCCCUGCCGUUCACUGUGCAAGUGGCAUGCAUAUUGCCAUCGAAAGCCCUGGCCUGCUUGCUUACCAUUUGGCUGAUUCCAGGACCAGAUAUGGAAUGGCCAAACCACUUGCCUGAUAGGCCAGGCGGCUUUUUCCAUGAUUGGUCCAUGUGGACGUGGGUAAUUGUCUUUCACAACUUGGGCGACACCAUUUUGAGUGCAGCCGUGGCAAAACAAUUUGAUUCUGUUGCGAAGGCCAUUUGUGGCGUCGUGGGAAUUAUUUUUCCAACUUGGGUGGUCAGCUACCUAUGUGGCUGGGAAGAUCUAGUUCUCAAGAGCUCUGCAGGCCAGCUAAAAAUGACGGGUGGAGUUGCAGCUUGCAAUCAAAGACCUCAACGCUUCACAGUUGAGAAACACUCAUGAAGCUGGCAUGUUUGCUGCAAAUUGUGAUCAGUCCAAACAAGGCAUGCUGAGUGCAGCCUUGCAAGUGCAUGGCAAUCGGAGUCGCAAGGUAGUAAUUGUGGGUUCCUUCGCCUAUGUUCUUGGCCGUGCGCAGAACAAUGAGCUGCGGAAGUCUCAAGAUGAGGUGGCGAGACUAAGUCAAAGGAGCGGAGUGGUCGAGCUAACGUGAAGCAAGCUGGCAGCCCUCAUGCCACGCAUUUGUGUGAGUACGCCCUCAAUUUGUACAAUUAGACAAAGUAAAGAGGAACAGCUGCGAUUCUUGGCUGAAAAGCCAGGCUGUCCAAUGCAUUUGAAUGUGCUUGAGUGCACUCGAGUUGAUAUUGUUUCCAAAUGAAGCGGAAAACACAAUUCUUUAGAGCAGACGGAGCAUUAUGGAGCUUGGAGCCUUGCAGUUCAUGGUCUUCGGGACUGAGUAGUUCCCACUGUUGGUACUAUCAACGCUGAAAGUUGGGCGACAGCCGAUUUGCAACUAAAAUCGUUUGGGAGAGAGCUGCAGUUUUACUACCUUUCGGCUUGUUUUUGCAGCUCAAGUAUUGACAUAUUGAAGAGUG